GAUCCCAGCCUCUCCUUCGACCAUCACCCUCAAUGGUUGCACCACUUUACACCACCGACUCCGGUCUUCUCUUCCAUGCGGGAAAGAUUUUGAUCGUCACCAUCGGUCUCCCUGCGCGAGGCAAGACCCACAUUUCCCGUGCCCUCGAGCGAUACCUACGCUGGAUGGGCGUGAAGACCCAAGUGGUGUCGCUGGGUGAUUACCGACGCAAGACACUGGGAGGAGCGCAACAACUUCCUCCAGACUACUUUACGCUAGGUCGGUGACCCGGAGUGCUCUUCGCAGACACGUUAGCACUCAAAGACGCAAACCGGACUGAUAGGGGAAAAAUCUGCAGAUACUCAGGCCAUGCGGGCGAAGAUUUCGAGUGGGUGCGAGGACCUGAUUUGGGACGUGUUCAACGGUGGAGGCCAGGUCGUCAUCUACGACGCGAACAACGGGACACGAGCUGCGCGGCAAGCGUUGGCGGAGAAGUUUGACAAGGCUGGAAUCCAUGUGAUCUUGCUCGAGUCUCUGUGCGACGAUCAAGAUGUCAUUGAGCGCAACAUCCGGAGUGUCAAGAUUUCGUCUCCCGAUUAUCGCGGAUGGGAUUCGGAUAAAGCCGUUCAAGACUACUACACUCGUAUCCGUGA